GGAAGGGGGAAAGACGGUCAAAGCGCAAGUUCCAUUUAUACUUUCUACAGACGCUGUUUUGUUGUAAAAUGAAGGACAGGGAAGACUAGAGUCCAUAACCAGCAGUUUCCGUCUCUUUACCACCUUUCCCUUCCCCCUAGACGUUAAGUUUCAAAUAACGACCCUGCAUUAAUAGGACUCUCUCUCUCUCUCGCUGUUCCCUCGGAUAAUCGCCCCAAGUUCUUCUCGCCGAUCUCCGCUUCUCGCUUUCCGGCAUUGAUUUUCCGACGAUGUUUCUCCGGUACGUGUGAGUGUCUCAUGUCAGAUGCCUUAUCAGUAACUUAUGAAGUGGAUUUGAUAGACUCCAGAGAACAUGAGCAAUCAAUUGUCAGGCCAGAAGAAUAUGGUUGUACCUGGCAGUUGGUGUCAGAUGACAACAGACACAGAAUGAAAAGAUCUGAAGCAUUUACUUCUAAGAAGUGAAAAUCCUUAUGCUUAUGCAUUUUAUGAUGAGGUUUCUUUGUUGCCUAUUUGUGUUCAGAGCACGGUUUAUUUCUUGAUGCACAUUAUUGUGAUCAUAAACUGGUGGCCCUUAGGUUUCUUUAUGCUCCAUUACCAUGGAAAUCAGGUUCAAAGCCGUUGAUGCAUUGGUGAUCAGCAGAAUGAAAAAAUGGUUGGGUGGUGUUUUGGUUGCAUCUUUGUUUAUGUUGCUGAUCAUGAGAUAUGGAGUCAUGAAAAAUCCUAUUGGGGACAGUUAUUUUCCAAGUCCAUUCUUCCCCAAUGCCACUAAUCCUCUUGAGUGGCUGAAUGCUGGAGCUCCACCAGCUGUUCAAAAUCCAGAGAAUGCUUCUACAGUUGUUUCUGCUGAUACCAUAGUCUUAAGUCUCCUUGUUCAAAGGAACAUCUCCAGUGAAGAGCAAAAAACUCUGCAGACAUGGAACCAUUUGAAGCACUUGAUUAAUCAUGCUCAGGGUUUACCAAAUGCACUAGAUGCUAUCAAGGAAGCUGGACGUGCAUGGAACAGCCUUAUAGAUUCAGUUGAAGGGCAAAGACUCCAAUACACAAAUGAAAGUUCACAUGGGAGAGCAAAAGAGAAGCAGUGUCCUCAUUUUCUUAAUAAAAUGAAGGCUGCAGAGCUUGAUAAUAGAAGUUAUAAGUUGAGGGUUCCUUGUGGCCUGACUCAGGGUUCUGCCAUUACAAUCAUAGGAAUUCCAAAUGGUCUUCUUGGUAAUUUCCGUAUUGACUUAACCGGGGAAUCACUUCCAGGGGAGCCUGAUCCACCCAUCAUCUUGCAUUACAAUGUAAGGCUUCAUGGUGAUAAGAUAACUGAGGACCCUGUAAUUGUCCAAAACACCUGGGCUGUAGCUCAUGAUUGGGGUGAAGAGGAGCGUUGUCCAUCCCCUGCCCCUGAAAAAAUAAAGAAAGUGGAUGACCUGGAUCAGUGCAACAAGAUGAUAGGGAAAGAUGAUAACCAGCUCCUCAUGGCUAGCCUGCAUUCUAAUACUUCAAGACAGUCAUCAACUGUGCAAGAAGGAUCUAAGACCAAAAAAUACUUCCCUUUCAAGCAAAAUUAUCCAUUUGUUGCAACACUUAGAGUGGGAUCAGAGGGGAUCCAGAUGACUGUUGAUGGGAAGCACAUAACAUCUUUUGCUGUCCGAGAAACAUUGGAACCAUGGCUUGUAAGUGAAAUACGAAUUUCUGGAGACCUGAAGUUAAUUUCUGUCCUCGCCAGUGGUUUACCUACAUCAGAGGAUUCUGAGCAUGUAGUUGAUUUAGAAGCACUCAAAUCAGCUCCCCUCUCUCCACAAAGACCAUUGGAUCUCUUCAUUGGGGUUUUCUCUACUGCAAACAAUUUUAAGCGUAGGAUGGCUGUUCGAAGGACAUGGAUGCAGUAUCCUGCAGUGCGGUCAGGGGCAGCUGCUGUGCGAUUUUUUGUUGGUUUGCAUAAAAACCAAAUAGUCAAUGAGGAACUAUGGGAUGAGGCACGGACAUAUGGAGACAUUCAGUUGAUGCCUUUUGUUGACUACUACAGCCUCAUCACAUGGAAAACUUUAGCAAUCUGCAUCUUUGGGACCGAGGUUGUUUCAGCAAAAUUUGUCAUGAAGACAGAUGAUGAUGCGUUCGUACGUGUAGAUGAAGUGCUGGCUUCUCUAGAUAGGAUCAAUGUGACUAAAGGGUUGCUUUAUGGGCUCAUAAACUCGGAUUCCCGGCCACAUCGCAAUCCUGAAAGCAAGUGGUAUAUCAGUCCCGAGGAAUGGCCUGGAGAGAGGUAUCCUGCUUGGGCGCACGGUCCUGGUUAUGUGGUGUCACAUGACAUUGCAAAAGAAAUCUAUUGGAGAUACCAAAACAGAAAUUUAAAGAUGUUUAAGCUAGAGGAUGUGGCAAUGGGCAUCUGGAUUUCAGAGGUGAAGGACAUUUUGAAAGUUCGGUAUGAGAAUGAAGAGAGGAUCCAUAACGAGGGGUGCAAAGAUGGUUAUGUUGUGGCGCAUUACCAAGGUCCCAGGGAGAUGCUCUGUUUGUGGCAAAAAAUUCAGGAAGGAAAUGGUGCUAGGUGCUGUGGUGAUCCAUGAGCAUCAUAAGUUGAUGCCAGAGACAAUAGCCGUAGAGAGAUUUUAUGGAGAUUCAACAGAUCCACGGAGGGUAAGAUAGAAGAAAAAUAUUUAUCCAUUUUUUGAUUUGGGGGGUGGGGAGGGUAGGAGAGGGGCGUUACCAUGGCUGUAAACUAGAAAUACUUAAAAAGUCUAGAGUUUGUAGAGAGGCGCAUUUCGCAUGAACCAGAGUGUCUUUAUUAUGUGUAGAGAGAGAGAGAGCGCGCCUUGUACAGAGUCCACUCGGUUUUAGGAUCAGAUGUACUACUAUGUAAUGUUGAUCCCAUUUUUGUACGAAUCCACGCACAGUUCUCUCCUUUUUCAAUCAUUGUAUCUCAUUUCAUAUAGGGA